CAUUCUUCAUCUGCUUCUCUAACCUUUCAAUCUGACCUUUCCAGUUGGUGCCUCAGCGUCGGUGUUUCUUCUCUGCAUUUCCAGGGCAAAAAUGGAGAAUGAAGUGAGUAAGCUGGAUUCACCAUCGUGGAACAGUCAGAUUUGUCUGAAGAACCCCGAAUGGGUUGCAGAAAAUGUCAAGGGUUUAGAUCAGAGUGUCAAUGAAAUGCUGCUGUUGAUUGAAGAUGAAGAACAUUUUUCAUUCGAAAAGGUUGUCGAUAGCAAUUCGAAGCAGCCCGAGUUGAUUGCUCGUGUCAAGGAAAUUUCCGAAAGGCACCAUUUGCUGGCUGACCACUACAAAAAGUUAUCGGGAGAGUUGAGCGGUGGUUAUGUGAAAUCAGUAAACAGAUUGAAGAAUUACGAAAAGCCUAGUUUUGGCUCUCCAUUAGCCCCUCUUUUUCAAACUCCGGACAAGAAAUUGACGAUGCAUGGUGUAGUUGAAGGCGAAGUGGUUGGUUCUGAUAUAUCUCUAAGUUCGGGUGGUGGGAUUUCAGACACAACUCCAGGAUCGGAAUCUUCGUCGCUGUCGUCAGAUUCUGAUUCGGAAUCUUAUUACACUUCUCGUGGCGAGAGGUCGAGUUCGCUUUCUUCUGGCAAAAUGAUGAAACACGAAGCGAUACAUAUGGAGACUGAGCAAGAGCACAUACAUGACAUAAAAAAGGCAGAAGAAUGUGAGAUUCUAGAGAGACGAAUAUCUGACUAUGAAAGAGAAUUGAAGGUUUCGAACGAGAAGCUUCGUACUGCCGAAGAAGAAAUAUUGCAAUUGAGGAGCGAACUUCGAAAUAGUGAAGCGGCCGCGGUCGAAGUGGGUAGUUUACAAGCCCAGCUUCUUUCUGCAAAGAAUCAAGUUAAAUUGCACGAGUUUGAACUGGAAAAGGAGAAUGGAAGAUCUCUGAUGCUCCAAAGGCAAAUAGUUGAUUUGGAAUCCAACCUCGAGUCGGAGAAGAUGCAAGUGCACGAGUUGCAGGGGAGUGUUAAAAAGUACGCAGCAGAAUUAUCGGAUCGCGAUCUUGAUAUAAAGAAACUGAAUGCCGAACUACUAGACGCUUCGGGAAAUUUUGCUCUGGAGAAAUGGCAACUAGAGUCUUCUGUCUCUAGCUUGUCCGAACAAUUGAAAUUCCACGAGGCGAAAACCGAAAAUCUGCAGAUGCAAUGCGAAUCAUUAGCCGAUCAGAUCAAGAAUUUCGAAGCUGGGAAAAUCGAGAUGGAGAGAAAGCAAGAAGCCAUGAAUAUCAAUUGGCAAAAUGAUAUUGAGCGUGUUAAAGUAGAGGUAUCCGAGAAAAACGAACUAGUGAACACUUUGAACAAGAAUCUUGAUGGGAUGAAACUGAAGUACGACAUGCUAAAUGCUGAGAAAGAUGGAGUAAUUGCCAAGUUACAGACACUCAUUGCUGACCUAAGCGCUCGUGAUAGUGAAAUUCAACGUUUAGAGCACAAUCUGAAUGAGUUACAUUCUGAAAACAAGGUGCUAAACAAGCUAAGAGAUGAACUAAAGUCGAAAAUAAAUGAGUUGGAGAAAGAGGUGAAAAUGCAGGCAGAAAUGAUCUCUGAUACUUCCGAGGAAAAAAGGGAAGCUAUAAGGCAACUGUGUUUUUCGCUCGAUCACUUCAAAAGCGCGUAUGUGGAACUGCGUGAAGAAUGUGUUAUGCGCAAACGGCCCAUGGCUGUGGUGUCCUAAAUUUGGUAUUUUUCUUCUAUAUAUAUAACUACAUAUAUAUGCUUUGAUGUUUAUUAUUUGUUAAGAUAUACCUUUUUCUUUUAGUUGCUUUUCCAGUGGUGCUAUUUAUAUAUGCUUAUUUGAUCCAGGGUUUUGAUUAAGGUUGCAGCAAUUUGAGUCUCAAUUGCUGCUACUAUUUGUUUAGACUUUAGAGUUGUUUUAGUUAAUUGAUGUUCAGACAAUGGUUGUGGACUAUGAACUUUUGUUUUAUACUUAAUAUUCUUAAAAUGCUUGUCUGAUUUUCCAA